AUGGCCGCCGCCGCCGCCCGCGCCGCGUCCUCCUGCCCCGCCAUCAAACCCGCCGCCGCCGCGCCUCUCCCUCUCGCUCUGUCUCUCGCCGGCGGCGGCGAGGAGGAGGAGGAGGAGGUGGAGGAGGAGGAAGAAGAAGAGGAGGAGGAGGAGGAGGUCGCCGACGCGGCCGCCAUGUUGAACGGAGCGGCGGCCACGGGAGGAGGCGGUAAGAGCUGCAGAGCCGAGGCCAAGAGCAGCGGCGCUCGGUCUCAGGCCUCGAAACAGCCGCGGGAGGAGGUGGAGGAGGAGGAGACGGAGCCCGAGGCCGAGCCCGAGGCCGAGCCCGAGAGCGCCCGAGAGGAGAGCGGGAGCCCGCAGGCCGACUCCCACAGGCCGGCCGGCCCGGCCCGCCACCAGCACCAGCACCAGCACGUCAGCCCGGCCCCGAGGAGCGGAGUCAGAGCCGCCGCCGCUCAGCAGCAGCCGCCGCCACAGCCACAGCCGCAGCCGCCGCCGCAGCAGCAGCAGAAACACCGGGAGGAAACGGCAGCUCCGGCCGCCGGGAACCGUCGGCAGAGUUUGGAGAACUCGUCGGAUGGGGAACCGCUCAGCCGCAUGGACUCCGAGGACAGUAUCAGCAGUACCUUAAUGGAUAUGGACAGUACUAUCUCUAGUGGACGCUCUACUCCUGCAUUGAUCAAUGGCCAUGGAAGCACCACUUCAUCAGGAAAGAAUAUUAUUUACAACUGCUGCUGGGAUCAAUGCCAGGCCAGCUUCAGCUCCAGUCCAGACUUGGCAGAUCACAUUCGUUCAAUACACGUGGAUGGACAGCGUGGAGGGGUAUUUGUCUGUCUCUGGAAAAGCUGCAAAGUGUACAAUACGCCAUCCACUAGUCAGAGUUGGCUGCAGAGACACAUGCUUACACACAGUGGAGACAAGCCGUUUAAGUGUGUGGUUGGCGGGUGCACUGCUAGCUUUGCAUCUCAAGGCGGGCUUGCUCGACAUGUACCGACACACUUCAGCCAACAAAAUUCUGCGAAAGUCUCCAGUCAGCCGAAGGUCAAGGAGGAGUCGCCUUCUAAAGCAGUUAUGAACAAACGGCGACGCCUAAAAAAUAAGCGGCGGCGCUCACUACCAAGACCACACGACUUUUUUGAUGCUCAAACAAUGGAUGCUAUAAGACAUCGGGCCAUCUGUUUUAAUCUUUCAACCCAUAUUGAAAGUCAUGGAAAUGGGCAUAGUGUUGUGUUUCAUAGCACAGUUAUAGCACGUAGAAGAGAGGAUUCUGGAAAAGUAAAAGUACUGCUUCACUGGAUGCCAGAAGAUAUUCUGCCUGAUGUGUGGGUGAAUGAAAAUGACAGAACUCAGCUGAAGACACAAACGGUACAUUUGUCAAAACUACCACAGGACACUGCAUUGCUUCUUGACCCAAAUAUAUACAGGACAAUGCCACAUAAAAGGCCGAAAAGGAGGUAAGGUCCAACCCAGGAACCAGAGUUGUCUCAAUUAUAGCCACUGUGAUUGGGAUACAAUAUUGCACAUUAGAAUCACUUUUUCCUCCCAGUCGUAGACAAUUAACUAUUUGUACUAAAAAAAAGACUGAGAAAAAGGAUCCAGACACUUCGAAUUUAACGCUCUCCCGUUUCUUUCUGGAUGGGAUGGUACAAUGGGAAAAAAAACUACAGGGACUGUAUGCGAUUUACAACGAGUUGAGCGUUAUGAGAAGCUUCGACCUUGGGACUUGUUUGCUUACUGCAUUUCCCUUCUCUUCCCUUUCUCCCUCUUCCAUCCCCGCCCUUCCCCUGGCCCAUAAUUUUCUAAAAUGAGGACGGGAAGUUUUUUUUUUGUUGAACUUAAUGGUCAUUAAUUUCUGAUAAACUGUAUUGAUUUUGUUUUCUUCGUGGUGCAUCAUGCCCUCCCGGUUUCAUUAGUUUUUUUGUAUUAAUAUUAAUUUUUACAGACAACUGUACAAUAUGUUCAUAAUUUUUUUGCAAUUAUGAACAAUAAAAAAUAAGUGUAAUAUGAAAAUAUGAUUUAAAACACUGAAAACUAUUACUUUCUGCUUCCAGUCUGGAUGUGAUGCUUGGGGCAAGACCUAGUAAAGUUUUAUUUCAAUGCACCAAAGCUUGCUGCAUAGAUGAUCUUAGAGAUGAGAUUAAUAACUGAUUGAAUCGUUUGGUAAUCUUCAUGCUUAAUAUGUACAUCACAUGAGAAAAAAAUAUUUUUACUUGUAGGAAGAUGGCAAAUAUCUAGAAUAUUCUGUAACAUCUUAGUCUUAUAUAGUUUCAGAAAGCAUAAAGGGUUGCGUUCAGAUAAUAGUAAAUUGCUUGUAAAUAUUUCUGCAGAUUUGUAAUAUAUUUUUAUACUUUAAAAUGUACUGUAGAUCUCAAUUUUGGUUUACUUUUUAGGAGCAUGAAAGUAAAUAAAAUUUUGAAAUGUAUAUAUUAUGGUAGGACAAAUAUUGAAGGAUGAUGUAAUUCAAUUGAGCUGCCAGAAUAACUGUUACAAAACAUAAGCACCUUUCCUAAUUUUAAAUAUGAAAUCUUUUGCAGUUCUCUGCGACUGCAAAAUAAAAAAAACUACUGCUAAUGUCUUAACGUAUUGUGCAGGAUAUGAACAGCAUGAUUUGGAUUGCGUUGUUAAACUGUACAGACGUUUGGUAGUUUUCCUGGGGAAAGACGGUCUUUUUAAAAAGCCUGCAAAACACUCUUUUUCGUACAGUUUUAAUUAAAAAAAAACCUUCAUGUAAUGUAUUCUUACUUGAGCACUUCAUCUGUAUCCACUGCUUCGUUCUUCGUCUAAAACAACUUGCUACUGCUUUUUGGCUACAUCUUUUUAUAAUAAAGUGACCAAAUGCAAAAAA